AUGGAAGACAAGAAUCCGAGUCAACAUGUGAACCCUGAGCCCAAUACACAAACACCCACCCAUACUCAUGAAUACAGCCGCCAAAUCAUCAUCGUCAUCUCGGGUUUCAUAACAAUGUUCAUGACCUGCGCUAUAAUAUUCGCCUAUGGUGUUUAUCAAGCAAUCUAUGAAGAAAUGGCCUCCGCCCCAAACACGCCUUUCACAGGAACAAGCUCCUCGAUAAUCAGUCUAAUAGGAACGGUCUCCAUGGCCACAAUGUCCAUGGGCGGUCCCUUCAUAAUGACCUGGGCAAAGCUAUACGGUCCUCAAACCGUGAUCAUGGCAGGUGGUCUAGUAUUCGCUCUAGGCUGCAUCCUCGCAAGUCUCAGCCAGCAGGUCUGGCAAUUUGCGCUGACACAAGGUCUCCUCGUUGGGCUGGGGACGUGUAUGGCAUAUGUGCCUACUAUGUCCGUGGCACCAGGAUGGUUCGACAAGCGCCGCGGUCUUGCGAUGGGAAUCGUGAUUUCAGGUUCUGCAUGCGGAGGCAUGGUGUGGCCGCCUGUUCUGCGGGCGAUCACCUCUGCGGUUGGGUUUCGAAAUGCGCUGAGAAUCUCAGGGUGCGUUGUUGCGGUGUUCGUGCCUAUUGCUGGGUUUGCGUUGCGCUGGGAGCCGCAGUUUGGCGAGAUGGUCGAACGCCAGACGGCUGGAUUAUCUCGGUGGACGGGGUGGGCGAGGGCGCCUCUGGUCAACAUGGAAGUUGUCAAGUCCAAGAAGUUUAUUGCACAGGCACUUGGAUGUUUCUUACAGUCUGCGGGAUAUGCAACGCCGUUGUUCUUCUAUGCAGCUUAUGCCAGGUCUUUGGGGUAUAGUGUUGUGCAAGCGGAUGAUUUCAUCACGAUCAGCAAUGCGGCAAACUUCGUUUCCAGGAUUGGAAUCGGAUAUGCGGCUGAUAAAAUUGGGAGGCUCAAUGUGCUUUUCUUGACGACUGUGUUGAGUAGCGUGGCUGUGUUUGGAUUUUGGCUGCCAUCGACUUUGGGGGGUGCAAAUGCGUUGUUCAUCAUUUUUGCCAUUCUGUACGGCUGCUUUGGAAGUGCUUACAUCUCACUGUUUCCUGCAAGCCUGAUCGAGCUGUUUGGUCAACACUUUACUUCAGUCAAUGGGGCACUGUAUUUUAUUCGAGGUAUUGGCGCUUUGCUGGGAACGCCGUUGACGAGUCUUCUGCUUCCUGGGGCGAGCAUUGCCACGCUGUGGGUUAGAAUUGAGGGUCGUUCUGGGACAAAGUGGACUUGGAAGCUGUGA